AUGGAUAAGCCCGGUGCGUAUGACGCCAAGGCUGCGGACACAGACUUUAGGAAGAAAUGGGACAAAGAAGAAUAUGCAGAACGAGCACAGAAGAAGGAUCAAGAGGAGAGGGAGCGUAUGCAGGAGAAUGAGGAGCGUUUGAAGCAAGGGAAGCGUCCUCGCAAGGGGAAGAAAACUGAUUUACCCAAGCCCACCCAGUUGAUGAAGCAACGCGAUGCUCCUCUGGAACUAGACAAAAAUCUCAAUAAAACCAUGGUCGUCCAAAAUCCAGGCGGGAGAGGUCCUGGCCAACCUGGGUUCUUCUGCGAGACGUGUGAUCGAACAUAUAAAGACAGUAUAGGCUAUUUGGAUCACAUAAAUAGUAGAGCUCACUUGCGCGCACUGGGCCAGACAACGAAAGUAGAAAGAUCAACUCUGGCGCAAGUUCAAGCACGAAUAGCCCUUCUUCGAGAGAAAACUAAAGAGGCUGCGUCUGCCAAAGCUUUUGACUUUGACCAACGAUUGGCAGAAGUCAAGGCCAAGGAACUGGCGCUUAGAGAACAGAAAAAAGCCGAGAAGAAGGCCGAGAAAGAAAAGUCUCGAUUGGCUCUCAUUCAGGAUACCGGAGACGAGGACGUGGAAAUGGCACAGCUAAUGGGUUUUGGAGGGUUUGGGUCGUCAAAGAAAUGA